CGGAGGCAAACAGGAGGAGGAAGCCCGGGAAAGUGAGGCGGCCGGCUGGAGCGUGGAGCGCCAAGUUGUGGGCAAACUGGAGACCGGGACCAGUGCCGAGGGACCGAACCCGGUCCCUAACUGGAGGCCCUGAAAGGAGGAGCAUUUCCAGAGCUUCCUGAAAGAACAGUAACGUUCCCUUGUGGUUCAUCACCAUGCCUUCCGACCUGGCCAAGAAGAAGGCAGCCAAAAAGAAGGAAGCUGCCAAAGCACGACAGCGGCCCAGAAAAGGACACGAAGAAAACGGAGAUGCUGUCACAGAGCCACCGGUGGCAGAGGAGAAAAAUGAGGAGGCCAAUGGCCAAGAGACCACAGAGGUGGAUUUGCUGACCAAGGAGCUAGAGGACUUUGAGAUGAAGAAAGCUGCUGCUCGAGCUAUCACUGGCGUCCUCGCCUCUCACCCCAACAGUACUGAUGCCCACGUCAUCAACCUCUCCCUCACCUUUCAUGGUCAAGAGCUGCUCAGCGACACCAAACUGGAAUUAAACUCAGGCCGUCGUUAUGGCCUCAUUGGCUUAAAUGGAAUUGGGAAGUCCAUGCUGCUGUCUGCUAUUGGGAAACGCGAAGUGCCCAUCCCUGAGCACAUCGACAUCUACCACCUGACUCGGGAGAUGCCCCCUAGUGACAAGACGCCCCUGCAGUGCGUGAUGGAAGUCGACACAGAGCGGGCCAUGCUGGAGAGGGAGGCUGAACGGCUGGCUCACGAGGAUGCGGAGUGUGAGAAGCUCUUAGAGCUCUACGAGCGACUGGAAGAGCUGGAUGCUGACAAGGCGGAGAUGAGAGCCUCACGGAUCUUGCACGGACUGGGUUUCACACCUGCCAUGCAACGCAAGAAGCUAAAAGACUUCAGUGGGGGCUGGAGGAUGAGGGUUGCCCUCGCCAGAGCCCUCUUCAUCCGGCCCUUCAUGCUACUCCUGGACGAGCCCACCAACCACCUGGACCUCGACGCUUGCGUGUGGUUGGAAGAAGAGCUAAAGACCUUUAAGCGCAUCUUGGUCCUCGUCUCCCACUCACAGGACUUUCUGAACGGUGUCUGUACCAACAUCAUUCACAUGCAUAGCAAGAAACUGAAGUAUUACACGGGUAAUUAUGAUCAGUAUGUGAAGACACGGCUGGAGCUGGAAGAGAAUCAGAUGAAGAGGUUUCACUGGGAACAGGAUCAGAUUGCACACAUGAAGAACUACAUCGCUAGGUUUGGUCAUGGCAGUGCCAAGCUGGCCCGGCAGGCCCAGAGCAAGGAGAAGACGCUACAGAAAAUGAUGGCAUCAGGACUGACAGAGAGGGUUGUGAGUGACAAGACUCUGUCAUUUUAUUUCCCACCAUGUGGCAAGAUUCCUCCACCCGUUAUUAUGGUGCAAAAUGUCAGCUUCAAGUAUACAAAAGAUGGGCCUUGCAUCUACAACAAUCUAGAAUUUGGUAUCGAUCUCGACACACGAGUGGCUCUGGUGGGGCCCAAUGGAGCAGGGAAGUCAACUCUUCUGAAGCUGCUGACUGGAGAGCUACUACCCACAGACGGAAUGAUCCGAAAACACUCUCAUGUCAAGAUAGGGCGUUACCAUCAGCAUUUACAAGAGCAGCUGGACUUAGACCUCUCGCCUUUGGAGUACAUGAUGAAAUGCUACCCAGAGAUCAAGGAGAAGGAAGAAAUGAGGAAGAUCAUUGGGCGAUACGGUCUCACUGGGAAACAGCAGGUGAGCCCGAUCCGGAACCUGUCUGAUGGGCAGAAGUGCCGAGUGUGUCUGGCCUGGCUGGCCUGGCAGAACCCUCACAUGCUCUUCUUGGACGAGCCCACCAACCACCUGGAUAUCGAGACCAUCGACGCCCUGGCAGAUGCCAUCAACGACUUUGAGGGUGGUAUGAUGCUGGUCAGCCAUGAUUUCAGACUCAUUCAGCAGGUUGCACAAGAAAUCUGGGUCUGUGAGAAGCAGACAAUCACCAAGUGGCCUGGAGACAUCCUGGCCUACAAGGAGCACCUCAAGUCCAAGGUAGUGGGCGAGGAGCCCCAGCUCACCAGGAGGACCCACAACGUGUGAGCCCUUGCCGGCCGGCCGGCUGGGCCAGGCCCCUGGGGCCGCACUCCUGCAUUGCUGCAAUACUGCUCCCCAGCCCCUGCCCCCACCUGCCUUAGCUGCACUCUGUGAUCUUAUCUACAGCUGGACAGUACCUGUCCGUCUCCUGUCCUUCCAGUUACUUUUGUCCAUGUCUGGACUCGGCUGGCUGUUCCUGCCAGCUCCUCGCUGGUUCUGGCCCUGAUAGUGAUGCAGCCAGGGGCAUCUGAGGGUUAACCCGAGGGCCCAUGCCCUGGGUUGGCCUGUGAAAGAGCUUAGGAUCCUCGUUUUCUGGGUUUUGGGGAUGUUGGAGGAAUACCUCCCAGCCCACCACCCCCAUUCCUUUCUGCUUCUGGUUUGGAGCUCUGUACCAGGGCCUUAAUCCUGGUCGGUUUUUAAAUAAUUAUUUAAUGGUGUAACUUUUAGACCUGUGUGACAUCUACAAAGCGUCCAAUAAAGAGAGAAGCGGC